AUGUCCCCCAAGAGGAGAAGGGCUCCCUCGACGGGCCCCUCGCCACGUCCCACCAAACGCCGUGGACAUCCAACUCGACAAGACCCAACUGGAGACGAAGCAACAGUCCAAGAAUCAAACAAUGCAGAUACACAAACAACGCCAGCUGAUAUUGACCCAGAAAUUCCAGAAGUCGUCCGGUCUCAGCCAUAUUCAGGCCCCAAGGCUGCCCGGACUCAACUGGCUCUGAGUCUUCCUCCCCUGUACAAGCUUGAAGAUAUCUACAAGUCAUUGACUACCCGGGCACUGGAGCUUGACUUUGAUGGCUUUUUGGCCCAUCUGGGUUCACGGCCUUUACGCGUUGUCACGGUCUGUUCGGGGACUGAAAGCCCACUGCUUGCGUUGGAGAUGGUGCAGGAUAAUCUUAGAAAGCAUUUCGACAGGGGUUUUGAUUUUCGCCAUCUUUUCAGCGCUGAGAUUGUUCCUUUCAAGCAAGCGUACAUCGAGCGUAACUUUCAUCCUCCUCUCAUCUUUCGAGAUGUAGCUGAGCUGAAAGAUCGUGUGGCUCAAACCGCCUAUGGCUCUCUUGAAAAGAUUCCUAAGAACGCUGACAUCCUGGUUGCCGGGUUCUCAUGCGUCGACUUUUCAGGUUUGAACAACAAAAGAAAGACGCUUGAUGAAAAAGGCGAGUCAGGCGGCACUUUCUGGGGAAUCAUACGCUAUGCAAAGACCUACCGACCACGCAUGGUCAUUUUGGAAAACGUCAAGACGGCCCCAUGGGAGAAGAUUGAAAAGCACUGGAAUGAGAUAGAUUAUUUUGCCGUCCAUAUGGAUGUAGACACCAAAGCGUACUAUCUACCUCAGACCCGCGAGCGAGGGUACAUGUUCUGUGUGGACAGGCGACUUCUAAAGAAGAACCACCUCUCAGAGGAAGACAUGCAAGAGUGGUCUACUGUCUUUGCGCGUUUCAAACGUCCUGCGAGCUCUCCAGCGGGUAUGUUUCUGAUUGAUAGCGAUAAUCGACGGCUAGAGCAGAUUGAAAAAGACAUGGCCUUACGCAUCUCGUCAUCAACUUCCCGUGCUACCGUCAAUUGGGCAAAAUACCAAGUCCGCCACCAGAGCUACCGGUUGAACCAGAAUCUUGGCCAUAAACGUCCUGUGAGCAAGUCUCAGGAUAACGGGACGUGUCAGAUGCCUGAUUUUGCCUGGCAAACCUGGGUCAAGUCUUUGCCCGAAAGAGUCUGGGACACUUUGGAUGUCAACUUUCUGCGUAAGCUGGUGGAGGGUUAUGAUAUGAAUUACAAAGAGAGAUGUAUUGAACUUUCUCAAGGACUCGAUCGAGAAAUUGACUCUCGUGCAUAUGGCAUUGUUGGCUGUAUCACACCAUGUGGCAUUCCUUAUAUUACCACGAGGGGUGGACCACUUUGCGGCCUCGAGUCACUUGCAUUGCAAGGCUUGCCGCUGGAUAGAUUGUUACUGACGAGGGAAACACAGCGCGAGUUGCAAGAUUUAGCUGGCAAUGCCAUGAGCUCAACUGUUGUCGGUGCCGCCGUCCUCUCAGCCCUAAUUGUCGGUCACAAGGUUCUUAAAAAAGGACAACCAUCCCCAGGUCUAAAUAAAAGCGUGUCGAAGCACAAAAUACUUGCUCCAAGAGAUGACUAUGAUUUGACAACAAGUAACGUGAAACUCAGUCAAAUCGUCAACGUCAACAUGACAGACCUCCAAACACAGGCAGCAAGCAGUGCCAGGUAUUGCAUGUGCGAAAGACAGUCCGCAAUCAAACGAAAUAUCUCGAGAUGCACUCUAUGCGAGCAUACGUCUUGCUCUGAGUGUGGGGGCAACCCCUCGCAUAAGUAUGAACGUUGGACUAGUCUAUCACGCAGCCAGCCGUUGGAUUUUGCUAGCAACUUGAAAAGCAUAUUGCCCGCGAGGUUAAUUUUCAACGGUGUUUCUAGAGCCCAUUACGAUGCUUUCAAUACGGGAUCCUCUUUGGACUGCCCUCCCGUCGUCUGGGAUAAUUUUCUAGGUGCUGUUUCAAGAGCUGUUGGCGACGAACUACGCUUUUUGGAUAUCAAACGAAGCGAGAUUUGGACGGUGGUCUAUGAAGGCAAAUCCUCCUUCCUUCAUCUUGUCAUUGGAGCCACUGGAGCCAAAUGGGUGUUCUUUGCAAAGCCCUCUGACUCGGAUCCUGCGCUAUGUCUUAACCGUGAGAUCUUGUCAAAGCCCAUUGCUCGAAUGACGCCUAUCUUGGGUUCCCUUUUUGAAGGCGAUUGGGAGGUGUGCGCGCCUAUCAGCUCCGGGUGUGCGCUGAACAUUUUUGGAACUGGUUCUCAAAUUCAGUCCUACGAAGCGAGAUGUGGAUUGGAAAUGCGAGGAUUCUUUGAAUCAAAAGUUUGGACUCACCUCACCAUCCAGGGGUCUGAUGAAGCUGUGCAAGACCUUGAAGUCGACAUCCGGGGAACAUACGAGCUCCUGCCAGAUUGUGGCGCUGCGAAUGCAUCUUUGCAUAAAAAGGCAGCCACCAAAGACUCGCCAGCUGUGUAUUUGUUUCUGGAUCCGACAAAACUUGGCGAACCGAAAAACGAUUCGCUUGUGUUUUCUUUGGAUAACCGGCGUAUCACUGGCUAUUCAUCACGAUUGACUGUUGCAGAAUUGACUCAUAAGUGGCGCUCUUCAAAGGCAAGCGAGGAAGGAGAGCUUGUAAACGUGUACUACCGGCGAUGGAUAAAGAUUCCAUCUGCCGUUUUGGAACCUUACAGUCCUGGAUCUCCCAUUUCCUGUUGUCACUUGAAACCGGGAACGACUCUCUCAAUUGGAGAUGUCGAAUGCCGUGACGCCAACAUCACUCUUUUGUCUUUCUCGGCCCCGGCAACAGCCAUCGACUCGCUAUGGCAUAAAGGUCCUUGGGAAGUCACUGAUCCUACAGACUCUCCGGAAUUGCUGCGGAACUUUUCUUGGUUGCUUCAAAGGGCUGCUGGUCUUUCGGACUUUCGGGAUUGGAGCAAAGUCACCCAUGAGCAAACAUUCGACAGAAACUGCAAGUCUAUUUGCGACAUCUGCGUUCCGCCAAAACCCUCCAUACUAUGGGGGCGUGAUAGAAAGGGGCGGAUAAAAGCCUACGAGGAUCCUCGAGAUGCCGCUCUUUAUGAGCGCCAGGUGAAAGCAAGGCCGUCUCCAUUUUUGAUUUUCCGACAGGUCGAUGAUCAUGAUGUUGGGUCUUUACGUGUUACUCUCAAUGUUCAAACUCUUUUGCAUCAGGCAUAUGACAAACUGGUUGAUUCGACUGAUGAUAACAACGUCUCACUAUGCUGGCGGCUUGUGCCCAACGCCUAUGAUGCAAGGAACCUAAUAUUCCCCAAGUUCAGCCUCGUCAGUAAUAGACAAGAUACACAGUCUCGCCAACCGCCAAGCUUCCUCCUUAACCUACGACCAGAGCAACUGCGAUCGUUGUCAUGGAUGAUAGAGCAGGAACAGGAUGAGAUUGCACCAUUCGACGAAGAAGAGACGGAAGAGACCCUUUUACCUUUGAUGCUAUGGCGUGCAGAAGGCAGAGCCACCAUUCAAAAAGUCGUCCGCGGAGGCGUCCUAGCAGAUGAUGUUGGAUAUGGCAAAACCGCCAUCAUACUAGGACUGAUCGACUCACAGUAUGAGAAAGCUCAGCAGUACGUUUCAGAGCCCAAGGAUGGCCUCAUCCCUUCAAAGGCAACUCUAAUUGUGGUCCCUCAUGUCAUGGUUCACCAGUGGCAGUCAGAAAUUACCAAAUUUGUCGGCAGCCAGUACAAAGUCAUCGUGUUUCAAUCAGCAGGCUCCUUCUCAAGCAAGACAAUCCGUGAUGUCAAGAAUGCAGAUAUCAUUUUGGUAUCAUGGUCUGUUUUCAACAACGCUGGUUAUUACCAAAAAAUGCACAAGUUCACUGGCAUGCCCCGGGUUCCAAUCAAGGCAGGCCGCAACUUCGAUGAUUGGUUUCAUGAUGCACAAGCUUCCCUGAAAACCCAUGUUCAAAUAUUGAUGAACCAGGGGCCGCAUGCCAUGCUAGGUUCCAUACGCAUGAAGCGUCAAACAGUCAAGAACACCCAGGCUGACUUCACCUAUGUCCCAUCUAAGCGUCUUAGAGGCAAACAGUACGCAGAUGCCAAUCAGUACCAGAGAUCAGGCACGGAGUAUGGUGUACAUUAUGCUGAACUAUCGAGCAACGAGGAAGAGUCUGGUAACAGCGACGAUGAGGAUCCAGAGAAGCUCAGAGCAAAUAUAGACCAGUAUAUGAAACUUCGCCCAUCGCAAGAGAUCACCAUCAACAAAGCUGACUAUGCCGAUGAACUUGCGGGGACAGAUCAAGAAGAGUACACCGAGUACGAAGAUUCGUCAACAGAAAGCCGUGUAAGGCAGGAUUGCGGUCCGGGAAAAAAGGAUAAAAAACGAAAGAAUGGCAAGCCGACUACUGUAAAAAACGGAGCAAAAAGAUGGGACGACCGGAAAGAGUUCAAUAUCAAUCAAGCAAAGACAGCGCAGGACUGGGAGAUAGUCAAAACACCCUUGCUCCAUGCAUUCUCAUUCAACCGACUCGUCAUUGAUGAAUUUACGUAUGCUAACCCGGAGAGACUCGCUCCAUUGCUGUCGCUUAAAGCCCAUUCAAAAUGGAUUCUUUCUGGAACUCCGCCACUGAAUGAUUUCGCGGAUGUCAAAACCAUUGCUCCCUUUCUGGGGAUUCAUCUUGGAGUCGAUGAUGACGAAGAAGGCCAGUCGCAAAACAAACGACUCAAGGUUAUCUGCAAGCAACGAUCCGAUGCCGAAGCCUUUCAGGCCUUCCGAGCGCCUCGCAGUGAAGCAUGGCAUCGACGUCGACACGAGGUCGCACAAAGAUUCCUUGAUCGCUUUGCGCGCAAGAACAUCGCUGAAAUUGACGAAAUUCCAUUCACGGAAUACGUCGUUCUAGUUCCCCAGUCAUCAGCUGAAACAGCUAUCUAUCUCGAGCUUUACAAGCAGCUCAUGGCACAAAACCGUCAGCUUCGUCGAAGCAGCAAGAGUAGAUUCAGCAGCGAUCAGGUUGAGCGGCUAGACGAGAUCAUUGGCAGCAGUGCAACCGCCGAAGAGGCCUUGCUCAAACGCUGUUCUUCAUUGGCACUUCAAGGACGGUGGGACAAUGGAAAGCCUGAGGUCGUUACCUGCGAGUCUCUGAUUUCUAUCCGAGAAAAGCAGCUUGCAGACGUUCGAAAAGAUAUUUUGAAAAAGUUGAAAUUGGCGGCUUGGAUAUAUUGUGGAUGUGAUUUGAGAUAUGAGAACUUCCACAAUUUUAUCGAGAGUAUUGUGAGACACGACUUUGGUGAUAUUACGGUGACUGAACAAAUCUACCCACUUAUCAAGAAUGCCAUUUUUACGUCGGCAAAUGAUGACUGGCAAGAGUUUUUUGUCGAUUCUGCAGCACAAAAUGGUACAAUGGCAAAGGAGACACAAGAGAGCCAAUCUGAGCCAGAAACAGACGACUCCCAUGAUGAGGACGACGACGACAAUAUCUCUCAGAGCCCUGUCAAAAAAGCGAAGCUAUCGAAGAGCAAGAAGAGCAAAUCCAUUGAGAUGGACGAUGAGAGUUACGAACAUUCUAGUCCGCCCACAAAAGGUCGAGGAAAGGGAAAGACAGGCAAAGGCACAAAGAAAGACAAGCUUGAAGUCUCCACGCUUCCCAACAAGCCAAAGAGACCGAGAGAGUUCGAGCCCAUCCUACGAGAAGUCACGACCACCAUCCGCAAUCUCAUUGUAGAAUGGGUGCUUCGCGAGAGAGCUCUCCGUUUCCUGAAAACAGUUCGCCUUGUGCAAUUCAGCUCAGAGAUCCCCAGCUGCCACAGCUGCGAGGAGCCGCCAGAAACUCUAGAUGAAAUCAGUGUCCUUGGAUCAUGCGGCCAUGCGCUCUGUGCAGAGUGUAUCUCAGACGUUAUUGAGAAAGAAGAGUGCGUGGUCGAAGGGUGCCAUGGCUCGGGCAAGAGAUUUAAUGUCAUGAACGCUUCAACGCUUGGUCGUGAUGAAGACAGAAGCUCCAUGUACGGUGGCAGCAAGAUGGACAAGCUAGUCGAAAUUAUCCGGUCUAUUCCCACAGACGAGCGGGCGAUUCUUUUCGUCCAAUUCCCAGACCUAAUGGAGAUAUCUUCAAAGGCUUUAGACCUAGCCAAAAUCAAAUACACGGCGAUCUCAGCCACCGAUCGCAGGUCAGCACAAAAGGUUGAACAAUUCCAAAAGGUCAGCUUUGGCGAAGACAAGGUUCUUAUUCUGAAUCUAGGGAGUGAAAUGGCUGCUGGAUUAAACCUUCAAUGUGCAAAUCAUGUUAUCUUCCUCUCGCCUUUGUUGACGCCGACGCAGUACGACUAUGACUCUGCAAUGACUCAAGCCAUAGGACGUUCUCGUCGCUAUGGGCAGACAAGACACGUCCACGUCUACCACCUCCUAGCCAAGAAGACGAUCGACGUGAACAUAUACCAAGAGCGUCGGGAGAAGGUUCUUGUUGAGAGGAAUGGAGAGGCUAUUCUUGUUUCUCAAGAUGAGGCGUUGGAGUCCGAGGUAAUCAGUUGUCAAGGGCCGUCCUUGGUAGUUGAUAAUGCGUUUUAA